AUGGCUAUGCGGUCGGUGGUUAGUGGGUCUGGGUUUGAUGGGCCGGUCACGGAAAUGGUGAGGAUUGGGUUGAGAGGGGAGAUAGGGGUGGGAGAUUUGGAGGGGGAGGGAGAGGGAAAGGGAGAGGCGGAAAAGGCAGCGAAGAUUUGGCGUGAAACUCUAGACACAGUAGCGGCCCAAAAAGGAUGUACAAAUUCUUACUACGGCGGAACACUGGAGGACGAGGGAGUGUUGAUUUGGUGUAUUGACUGGACAUCCCUCGCUCCCCACAAAGCCUUUAUGGAUUCGCCAGCCUACCCAGCCUUUUUAGAAAACUUGCAGCCGAUUAUGGGAAGUGCGGAAAUCAUACACGCAAGCAAAUUGGAUGUUGCGGGGGCGAUUGCAAAAGGAAAUGCGGAGCAGAAGGGGGGAGUAAUGGAAGUUGCUACGUUUUUUGAUGUGGAGGAUGUUUUUCUUGAGGGUGUAGAAUACUUCAAAACAGCAAUCCGCAAACUUCACGCAGAGAAGAAAAUAGCAGGUUUUCUGGGCGUGAUAGAUUCCGGAGAGGUGAUUGAGAAGAUCGCUAAGAAUAAAGAGGCGAUGGAGGAAGAAAAGGGGAGAGCUUUGGUUAUGAUGCUAGGGUGGGAGAGUAAGGAGGCUCAUAUGGCAUUCAGAGAGACAAAGGAAUUUGCGGACAACAUAGGAUAUUUGAGAAAAGGGACGAGUGGGGCAGAUAUGUUCCAUAUAGCAUUCAAGAAUGCAUAA